AUGUGGGGUUGGUUUGGCGGGGCAGCAGCCCAAGCCAGAAAAGAUGCUCCCAAAAAGGCCAUUCUGCAGCUGCGGUCACAGCUGGACAUGCUGCAAAAGAGGGAGAAGCACCUAGAAACCCAGAUGGCAGAGCAAGAUGCGAUAGCAAGGAAGAAUAUAACCUCAAACAAAGCUGCCGCCAAAGCUGCUCUGCGGCGCAAAAAACUCCAUGAACGCACACUUGAGCAAACAUCAGCUCAGAUCGCCCAGGUGGAACAACAGAUUUAUUCCAUCGAAGCCGCCAAUAUCAACCAGGAGACGCUCAAUGCCAUGAAGAAUGCUGGACAAGCCAUGAAACAGAUCCAUGGCAACUUGACCAUCGACAAAGUGGACCAGACUAUGGACGAGCUUCGCGAGCAACACGCACUCGGCGAAGAAAUCGCCAACGCAAUCACAAAUGCCCCUAUUGGUGAACCCAUUGACGAGGCUGAUCUGGAGGAAGAGCUGGAAGGGUUGGAACAAGAGGCCAUGGACGAGAGAAUGUUGAAGACUGGCCCAACCCCUGUCACAGGCGAAAUCAACAGGCUUCCCGCCGUGUCUGCUGGUCCAAUAAGCAACAAACCCUCCACGGUGGAAGAGGACGAGGAAGAAGAAUUACGGAAACUACAAGCCGAGAUGGCUGUGUGA